AUGAGCAGGAAGACGCGGCGUUGGAUCCUACAUUUUUUCCUGUGCCUCGGAGUAGUGUACCUGAAGAUCGGGGGUCUGUCAUCGGUGGUGGCGCUGGGAGCGAGCAUCAUCUGUAAUAAAAUCCCGGGCCUGGCCCCUCGUCAGCGGACUAUCUGUCAGAGCCGGCCUGACGCCAUCAUCGUGAUCGGAGAGGGGGUUCAGAUGGGCAUCAACGAGUGUCAGUUCCAGUUCAGACACGGGCGGUGGAACUGCUCGGCCCUGGGAGAGAGGACCGUGUUCGGCAAAGAGCUCAGAGUGGGCAGUAAGGAAGCAGCGUUCACGUACGCCAUUAUCGCUGCCGGGGUGGCCCAUGCCAUCACUGCAGCCUGCACCCAGGGCAGUCUGAGUGGCUGCGGCUGUGACAAGGACAAGCAGGGUUUCUACAACCAGGAGGAGGGCUGGAAGUGGGGCGGCUGCUCAGCGGACGUCCACUACGGCGUGGGUUUCUCCAAGGUGUUUGUGGACGCACGGGAAAUUAAGCAGAACGCCAGGACCCUCAUGAAUUUACAUAACAAUGAAGUGGGACGCAAGGUCCUGGAGAAGGGAAUGCGUCUGGAGUGCAAGUGUCACGGCGUGUCGGGGUCUUGCACCACCAAAACCUGCUGGACGACGCUCCCCAAGUUCCGUCAGCUGGGAUACAUUCUCAAGGACAAGUACAACCAGGCCAUACACGUGGAGCCGGUGCGAGCCAGCCGCAACAAGCGCCCCACCUUCCUGAAGAUCAAGAAACCCCAUUCCUACCGUAAGCCCCUGGACACGGAGCUGGUCUACAUCGAGAGGUCGCCCAACUACUGCGAGGCCGACCAGCUGACCGGCAGCAUGGGGACGCAGGGUCGCCUGUGCAACAAGACGGUCCUGCAGCCCAACAGCUGCGACCUGAUGUGCUGCGGCCGCGGAUACAACACGCACCAGUACUCGCGCGUGUGGCAGUGCAACUGCAAGUUCCUGUGGUGCUGCUACGUCAGAUGCAACACCUGCAGUGAGAGGACAGAGGUGUAUACCUGUAAAUAGAGAUUGGACGUGUAUUCACCUGAAGCGAUGCCUCUAACUUGAGUUGCCAGUGCACAUCUGUCAUCACACUGGACUCCACCUGUGGGCUCAUACUUUUAUUUCUAUUUUUCAUGAUGCCACGUCAUGCUCCAGGCUUGUUGAUCUGCCGGCCACACUGUUCUAUUGGCUCGACUCACCUCAGACUGAUGGCUUGACUGACUUUAUCUUUUUCUAGACUAAUAAUUUAUUCAGUGAGAAAACUACUGAUCUUUUUUUUUUUAUUUCACUGUCAGCUAAAUCUGGUGGCGUUUUAAGCUGGUGUAGAUGCCUGGCAUUUUAUUUAGAAAAUAUCCAAGUGCACUUAAGAGCAAUAAUAAUUUCCUUUUUUUUGUAAAAGACAAUUUAAACACUGGAGCUGAAACCUGAAAGAGUCAGGACUGAACUUGACUUACAGAUUUGGGAACCUGCCGCUUGCGUGCAUUAAACCCUGCAGAGGAAGAUGAAACUACUGAUUCUGGACUCGUUCUGAUAGUAUUGUUUUGUGCUUGUUUGUUUCCCCUUCCACUCCAGUCUGCUGCUAGUUGUCUGGAAACUUCUGGAGUUUGUGACGAGCAGACAUAUUGACUCUUCAGGCUUAGUUCAGGCAAACGUCUGAGCUUCCAGACAUACAUUUCCUUCAAUGUUGGUCGAUAGAAUAUAUUUUGUAAGAGAUUAUUUUUAUAUAAAUAUUGUUUUAUUUAUUUUCUGUCUCUGUGUAAGAUAUUUCCCCUUCAGCAUUUCUCCACCCACUGAAACACUGUUUUAAAAUGUGCCUCAGCAGAAGAAUACAAUGAUGUCACACUGAGAUGUGCAGUAUUGUGAUAAUGUAACUCGUUUCAGGAAGCAUCACACUUUGCCUUCCGACCUACUGAGAGCCAAAGUACCACUGUCCCCUCCCGGCUGGACACUGGUCCAUAAUAGAUAGAUAGAUAGAUAGAUAGAUAGAUAGAUGUACCUUAUUGAUCACAAAUUGGGAAAUUAUUGAACAUUAGUUUCUGAGUCAUUGCAUCUCCUGCAGUGGAUUUCAUGUUUUUGGAGUUUACUCUCUACAUUCUGAGAUCAUCCAGUUUCCACGAACAACAAAGUGCUUUCUCCCUUAUCUAUACCAGCACCGACCCUGUCAUCUUCUGAUGAGCUGCUAACUUUGAACUGACAGUUAAAGGAUAUGGCGUUAAAGGAUGAUUAAAUAAGAAUACAAAUAAUGAAUGAGCAUAAAUGCAUAUUUGAAUCCAUUCACAAUUGGCAUCACAGUGCGUCUCAUGACCAGAUUGUCUCUAGAUAUGAUUUGAACCCUGAUUGCAUUUAUACCUGGCAUUGAAGCCAGGUGAAGUAAUCCUAGAAGAGCUAGCAAGAGCAGGUUGAAGAAAAAUGCAACAAUACAUUCCACCGCCUCCCAUUAGCUAAGCCCACAAAGCACAUGAACGUGCACUGACUGACAACUGCUCGAUGUGACUCACUGGCUACUGGCUAACAUCUUUGCGUCAGCGGAGUAGGUUUCACGACAGAAGACUGUUAUGUGCAGUGAGUUCACGGGCAGGCAUAUCGGUUAGUGACAGACAGGUACACCAGACAAUCAUUUUGUUCAGAGGGCCACAGAAACUUUAUCUAUUGAUGCUAUCAGGACAAUGAGGAUUCCAACAAAUACAAUUUACCAACCACUCGUUAAAUGUGUAUCUCCUAAUUGAGAUGUGACUGAGUGCGAAUGCUUUGUCAAUCGUGACGUCCUUCUCUUUUAUGCGCCGGUCCAAAAGACAAAAAAAAAAAAGAUAGACAGUACGUUAUUGUGUUUGCUGGUUUUUGCUGCUACCUUGCUUGUUUGGAAUAGUAUUUCUGCCUUUGUAGUUACUCCAUAUGGAUCGACAACACAUUUACAUGUGAGGUGGUUACCUCUGACUGAAUCGCAGUCCGUCCUCAAAGCAUCUCAGGUGCAUCUACAACUGUAAACUCAUAUUGUCAAACUCGAACUGAUUCCAAUCGGAUCUCCCAGAAUGCAUUUCAAUGCCUGUUUAAAUGGGGUAUUCCAUUUUUUUCCCACAUAUUCAGUCAAAUUAAUUGAAAGGCGCUACAUGUUUCAGAGCUGGUUAAUAAUCCAAACAUGAUGAUAAUGAGUUAUGAUUACUAGAGGAACCCAACCUGGAAGUUGGACUCUGGCUGUGUGUGAGACUUGACAGUUUUUAAUACUUGGUAUCAUUGACACAUUUCAGGAAGGACGUUUGCUACCAAGCUCCAAACUAUGAAAUAGCCUUUGAAACAAUCUGAGGUACAUUGAAAGGACUGUAGUGAGCAGCCAGGUUAUAAUAGAUACAAGUGUAAAAUGCCUUCAUCCACACAUGACUCCAGUUGUAGAAACUAUGCUGUUUAUUCACAGUAUUUGGUUAUUAACAAAAUAAUUCCCUGUGAACUGUCACUCAACCCUGCAUGGUUAAAGCUUUGUCUUGUGUGUGACUGAAUUAAUGAAAUCAUAUCAAAGCUGAAAUAUUCUUACAUCAGAAGUUAUUUUCAUGUAGAA